UCUUCCAAGAUGAGGUAAUAGUCGUUCACGGGAAUAAACAUUUACUGACAUACAUGCUCCGCAGACCAUUCUAGAAAUGCUCCAAGAUCGCAGUCUACUCCCACCGGCCCACGUCAGGUCACAAACUACACGUCAACGUUAGACAGGGCUGUGUGUAACACGCGUACAACAUACACCAGAGAUGUUGUUAUUGUCGGCUGGUACACGUCUCGCGUCGGGACAGCAGCAGAGGUUUCACUAGCGAUGGAUGAUGUGUACAAGGUCAUCGGGGCAAUGUUGGCUAUGCUCUUCUUUUUGGUGUAUCUGUCCCGCUUGUACCGACGAUACAGGCUCAGACACUAUGAAGUGCCGGUCCGAGAUAUUCGUAAGGGGCAUCGGUGGUUCAUGAUGGAUGUCUUCACAGAACCGACAUACUGCAACAUCAGCGGUUACCACAUCAUUCAUGGGGCUAGAUGCGACUCGUGUGGCAUCAGCGUGGACGACCACAACAUGAGAGCGGCAGACAAGAAGUUUAAAUGUAAGCAGGUGUGCAUCAAGGGGGAGGUAAUGCAUCACCAGUGGAUACCAGGUAAUGUCCCCUUGUGCAGCGUCUGUGAUGUGUGUGGUGAAGACUGUGGCAACUCCCCCGAGCUGUGUGAUCAGCGAUGUUGCUGGUGUCAGAGAACUGUCCAUGAUGACUGUUCACCCUCCACUGAUAUCUGUGAUAUGGGGGCCAACUGUAAAGAAAUUGUACCUCCAAACUGCCUUGAACUGAAGUGGGUUGGGCUCAAAGGUCGUAAACAUCUCAUUGUGAAGUCUGUCCGCAAACCUUCCAUUCCAGAAUGGUCUCCCCUGAUUGUGAUAGCCAAUAGGAAGAGUGGGAACAAUGAUGGGGAACACGUCCUGCAAGCAUUCCGUGCAAUACUCAACCCAGCACAGGUGAUAGAUCUCCAUGACAUUCCCCCCGAGAGUGGCCUUGAGUGGUGCCAUCUUCUCCCUCUCACCCCCGUGCGUGUCCUUGUGUGUGGGGGCGAUGGCACCAUCGGCUGGGUGCUCAAGUCUAUAGAGAAACUACAAUUCAAGAAGCCACCGAGAGUGUGUAUACUGCCACUAGGCACGGGGAACGACCUGUCCAGAGUGUUGGGAUGGGGUGAAGGUUACACUGGAGACGUGCAGGUUUCGGAUGUCUUGUCCCACUUGAAGGAGGCCCACCCUGUAGCCCUCGACAGGUGGAAAAUAGAGAUCAGUCAUGAGAAACACUUUGGAAUAUCCGUUCCCAAGCUGAAACGGGUCAUGAUGAUGAACAAUUACGCCUCUAUAGGUGUUGAUGCACUUGUCACCCUCAACUUUCACAAGCGCAGGGAAAGUUGGCCAUGGCUGUUUGCUAACCGGCUCAUCAACAAGUUUGCGUACUUCACAUACGGCACCAAGGACGUCCUGGAGAGGGAGUGCAAGCAGCUCAACAAGAAGAUGAGGGUUGAGUUGGAUGACCGCGUCCUUGAACUACCUGACAUUGAAGGCAUUGUCAUCCUCAACAUCAGCAGCUGGGGCGGCGGCUGUCGUCCGUGGCAACUGGCAUCUGAUGACUUUGACUUCAAACCUGCUUGCUAUGACGAUGGCUUGCUGGAAGUGAUGGCACUGUACUCUUCCUUCCACAUAGCACAGCUCCAGGUCGGGCUGGCAGCGCCGUUUAGACUCGGACAAGCAAGGAAAGUGAAGAUCAGCCUGCAUGGUGGGAAGGCCCCGAUGCAGGUAGACGGAGAACCAUGGGAACAGCUCCCUGCAGACAUCGUCAUCACACACCACAGCCAGGCCGCCGUGAUGGCCAUCAGCUAGAGGCGGCUGGGAGGAUGGGAAGGGAUGGUACAGAGAAGUAUGUGUCACAAGGAAGGAUUGUGACACAUGGAAGAUGAGAAGGAAUGGUUGAGCAGCAGGUGUCAUCAGGGAGUGACAGGGAGACUGCUACUGUCAGAUACCUGAAGGAACUGUAUGGUUGAGGUGGAGUAGGUCUGUAGGUCCAGUAGAGGUGUUCUGGGUUAGGAGUAGUAGGUGUAGUGAUGUAAGUACAUAUGCGUAUAAUGCAAGGGUGCUGGCUACACUCUUGUGAAUCUUGUGAAUUUCAGUUCAUGGCCAAUUUUUUAGUGUACUUUGAGCACCAAGGCGGUACACUUCAGAUUAAGGGGACGAUGAAGAACACUUCAAAUUGAGAGGAGGAUGCAGAACACUUCAGAUUAGAAGGUUGAUGCAGAACACUUCAGAUUGGAAGGCCGAUGCAGAACACUUCAGAUUGGGAGGACAAUGCAGAACACUUAAGAUUAGAAGGUCACUGCAGAACACUUUAGAUUUGGAAGGUUGAUGCAGAACACUUCAGAUUAGAAGGUUGAUGCAGAACACUUCAGAUUAGAAGGUAGAUGCAGAACACUUCAGAUUGGGAGGAUGAUACAGAACACUUCAGACUAGAAGGUCGAUGCAGAACAUUUCAGAUUGGGAGGACAAUGCAGAACACUUCAGACUAGAAGGUCGAUGCAGAACACUUCAGAUUGGGAGGACAAUGCAGAACACUUCAGACUAGAAGGUCGAUGCAGAACACUUCAGAUUGGGAGGACAAUGCAGAACACUUCAGAUUAGAAGGUCGAUGCAGAACAAUUCAGAUUGGAAGGAGGACACAGAACACUUCAGAUUGGAAGGUCAAUGCAGAACACUUCAGAUUGGGAGGACAAUGCAGAACACUUCAGACUAGAAGGUCGAUGCAGAACAUUUCAGAUUGGGAGGACAAUGCAGAACACUUCAGAUUAGAAGGUCAAUGCAGAACACUUCAGAUUGGGAGGACAAUGCAGAACACUUCAGAUUAGAAGGUCGAUGCAGAACACUUCAGAUUGGGAGGACGAUGCAGAACACUUCAGAUUGGAAGGAGGACACAGAACACUUCAGAUUGGAAGGUCGAUGCAGAACACUUCUGAUUGUGAGGAUGAUGCAGAACUCUUCUGAUUGUGAGGAUGAUGCAGAACUCUUCUGAUUGUGAGGAUGUUGCAGAACACUUCAGAUUGGUAGGACAAUGCAGAACACUUUAGAUUAGAAGGUCAAUGCAGAACACUUCAGAUUGGGAGGCCGAUGCAGAACACUUCAGAUUGGAAGGACAAUGCAGAAUGCUUGAGAUUGCGAGGACAAUGCAGAACACUUCAGAUUGGGAGGAUGAUGCAGGACACUUCUGAUUUGAAGGUCUAUGCAGAAUACUUCAAAUUGGGAAGAUGAUGAAGAAAAAAUGUAGAUGGAUAUAUACAGCCCAUGUAUGCUGUAUGCUUGUCUGACAGUAUCCAAAGACUCCUGUGUUAAAGAAAACACACUCAAGCUUUCUUAUCAAUAGAAACACAUAGUACACCUUCCCUGAUGACGCCAUCAGAUCCUGCCUUGGCUGCUCACUACGUGUCAACAGUGUCAGUGUCACAAUAGGUCAUAAUGUCGAACUCAUAACAGCAAAGCAAAGUCAUGAUGAGUCCGGAGCAGGGAAUCUCCUUGAGGUAUCUGUAUUGUACAGAAGCUGUUGGACUGGUAUGUGUAUGCCUGCAGGUGUGAACUAUAUCCAGGUGAUACAGUAUGUAUAGUAUCAGGUACAGUGUUGUACAGUAUGGGACACAGCACUGUACAGUAGUGACUGGUGGGCUAACUAAGCUUUGCUACUAUGUGUAUCUCCUUUUGUGUUGUGUGUAGUGUUGUCGCUCAGAGCACCAGCAUGUCUUACUAUGUGUGGGUCCCACUGAGGUGCUGGUCAUCUAUUCAUCGGGAAACUUUGUCCUGUGUCCAGUGCAAAUAUGUUUGUAAUCAAUGUUGUCACACUAUGUUUUGUUUGAUGACUUGUGACUUGUAGGUUUUUGUUUUGUGACAAGAAUUCAGAAUCUCGCCAGUGUUAAGACUUUCUGUUGACAUCAGUGAAAUUUGUACAGACUUGUUUUUAACAUUUUGGUAGACACAGUAACACAUCCAAGGCCUUUGUUGGCUAGUGUUAGAGGUCUUUUUGAAUUGUGUGAAAGAUCUUAGUCGGCUUGUGUCAAAGAUCUUUGUAAACCAAAUAUUAGUAGACCUCUGUCUGAGAUCACUUUUUUCCUCAUCGAAGACCUUACUUCAUGGUCCAGCCAAAUUGUGAAAAAAAGAAGCAACUCUAUGCGACUGCUUGCAGUCAUGCAGUUACUUGUUUUCUAAACCAUCUUAAAUAUUAUAUCUUUUUUAUCCUUUUUAUUUAUUAUCACAUUUUUAUAUAAUAUCGUUUUCUAUAGUUUUUAUAAGAAGUUAUGUAGUUUUCUUUCCUUUUCAUUUAUACCUCCUGGUUUGUCCAUGUAGUGAAUAAUGAUCCUGCAUAAUGCAACACCUUGGUAAAGUGGACACUUUAUUACAAGAUGGAGAGUUGAAGCAUGUUUUUGUGCUAUUCUGUUUCAUCCUACUAUGGAUAUUAUGCUUUUGUGAGAUUGUGCCAACAUUUUAUUAUUUUGAAUUAUACACUGUUUACAGAUAUGUUUUUUUAUUUAUUCCUGGGUUGAACUUAAUUUGCAUAAAUAUUGUUUUAUCUGAUGAUUAGUAGAAGCAUUAAGCAGCUUUGGAAGCUGGCAGUGAACUAGAGUUCAGAUUGUUACCAUGGUGACAGUUCAGAUACUUAGGUCAUUGGUUCAGUUCACUUAUAUAGCAUUAUUCAGUGCAAUGUCAUUCUAUUUGAAGUAUAGAAGUAAGCUAUAGUCAUGAUGUGAGGUCGCUGUUGUCAUUGGAAAAGCAAUACUUGGUGUGUAGCUAUUUUGAGUCAGAUUUUGCAACAAUGUUACAAAUGUUUUUAUAUUUUAAAUUCAAGCUGAAUGUGACUGAUAAUUGAGUAUGUAACAUUUUCUUUUCUUAUGAAAUAUAUAUAGAACAUAGUGAAAGGGUUCCUGUUUGCAAACAUAUUAUUGUUGAUGUAAUUCAAAGAGACAGUCUAUCUCUAAGAUACUUCUGUACCAAUUGGGACGCUACUCCCAAUGUUAAAUCCAACAUGUACAUUCAGGCCUUGUUGCAUAUGCUCAUGUUGAUUUGGGAAACAGGUAGUUGGAUUCAUUAAUAAAUGCAGUUGGAAUACGCUUUACUCCAAGUAAUUGUCAUGUUGCAAGCUGAUCACAGACAUGAUUUUUGUUAGGUACGAAAUUGUCCGCUGGUGUUUGCCCAGUAUGAAAAGUACUUGGAUGACCACUGCAUCCUGACAACACUGAUCAAUGCUCACAACAUCGACCAUUGGUUUUCCUGGUUUACACACUCAGCAGGUUGCCAGGAUACAGCUGUCAUAUUUGCUGGAACAUAAAGACAUCCAUCUCCAGCGGAGAUAUAGUUGGAAUAAUCUCACAUGUCUAUAUAUCUGGACCAAUGUUAUAUGUCUCGCAUGUGCAAUAUUGUAUAGAAAUAUACAGCAUUUUGUUACAUAAUGUUUUGUGAAUAGACGUUGUAAUGCAGGAUAAGUAUUUAAAUUUUAAAAAUAUCUACAUUUUACUGGGGUUCUAUUGUACAUUAUUUUGUAUUUAUUGAUAUGUUGUUUUUUGACUUGAUAUUGAUAAGCCCUGGUUGAUACCUCAGGUACAUAUUGUACCAUGUGCUCUGGAACCAAAUACUGGGAACCAAUACUGAACCCA